UACAGGGGAUGACCAGAGACUGCGGACACGGUACAGGAGAUGACCAGAGACUGCGGACACGGUACAGGGGAUGACCAGAGACUGCGGACACGGUACAAGAGAUGACCAGAGACUGCGGACACAGUACAGGAGAUGGCCAGAGACUGCAGACACAGUAAAGGAGAUGACCAGAGACUACGGACACAGUAAAGGAGAUGACCAGAGACUGCAGACAUAGUACAGGGAAUGACCAGAGACUGUGGACAUAGUACAGAUGACCAGAGACUACGGUACAGGGCAUGACCAGAGACUGCAGACAGUACAGG